AUGGAGCUGGAACCCAUCCUCAGUCUUGAGGAGUUCCCAGCAUAUGUCCAACCACGAAGAGUGGUGUCGCGUUACAAUGCCAGUCAAGAGAAGAAGCCAGACCUUCCCUGGUGGAAACUUGACAAAGCCGGGAUCGACAUCCUGCUGAAAGCAUUUGCACACCUUAUCAUUGAACUUCUCAAAGGUUCCCCGGAUACCGACAAAGAGCUCCAGUAUCUGCUACGUACAGUUAUUGAGCUUGCUCAUGUCCUGCGAAGCCCUACGGUCAAGGUCGCCUUAAUCGGAGCUCAAGGUGCAGGGAAAAGCCUGGCGAUCAACGCUCUAUUCGACUGUGAUGGUCUCUCGCUCACUGGUGCAGAAGGCGCGGCUUGUACCAGCUCAAUCACCCGAUACUUCUUCACCCGAGAGGAGCGCGAAGCAUUGCUCAAGGAGCACGCUCGGUCGUACUACUUUUACCACAACGCAGACGACGACUCAGAUGAUGAGGAGUCUCCACGUACAAAGUCGGUCGGCCAGGACCAGAUGGACCGCAGCCUGAACGAUACAGCCGAAGACAUCUUCACAACCCUGUUUGGCUCCUACGACGAGUUUUCCGAGAACUGGAACGUACCGGAUUACAAAGCAGGGGAGUUCGUGCGCCUGUGCCAACUGAAAUGCGAUGAGGCUCUGAAGAACGAGCAAAUCGACUCUCAGGGUAUCGCGACUAAGAUGGCAGAUACUCAAAUCGAACUGCUGGAGCAAUUGCGACCAUUUCUUACUAGCAUCAAGGGUCAAAAGUGUUUAUGGCCGCUUGUGGACAAUAUUUCAGUCAGGUUCCAUCAUGAAAUCCUUCAAGGAGGGAUCGAGAUCAUUGAUCUCCCAGGUUGGGGUGACAUCAAUCUCUCAAGAGUCCGACACGCAGAGAAGAUCAAGGAUACCGUCGACGUUGAGAUCAUUCUGGCAGACACGAUACGCAUCGCCUCUGACGACAAAGUCAUUAACAGCGCACGGGCAGCUGUCGCUCAUCAUGGCCCUUCGAAGGUCAAAGUCGUCGCAACAAAGAUCGAUUCUCUCACCAAGAACCAGCUCUCUCAAUGCAAAGGCGGAGAAUUUGAUCGCAUCAACCAGCUGCUUCAGGAAGUCGAAGAAAAAGAAGCCGCGCUCGAUGACAACGAUGACGACGAUGAUGAGGUCAAUGCCAAAGAGCGCAGAUUGUUGGGUCAAUAUCGUAUCUACCUGGAGCGAACACGAAAGCAGAGAAAGAUACUGCAACGUGCAGACAACAUCUCCGCAGAGCUGACGUCAAAGCUUCGCAGUCGGUCAACCAACGAUAUGCCCCAGAUUUUCCACGCAUCCGCCUCUGAGUACAUGGAUUGGAUACGCAAACCCAAAUUGACCUUCGCAAACCAGCCAUCCUUGUCGCCCGACAUGACUGGCAUUCCUGCAAUUCGCGAGUUUCUCUUCUCACUGCCUGCACAACAAAGCUUGCGAGACUACGAACGCCAUAUCAACGUCACAAUCUCAGCUUUCAUUGAGAAGAUCAAUAAGACUGUGGCAGAAAAUGAGCGUGAUGGUGGUUUCCGGACGAUAGCUGACGACUUCGACGCCCACCGCAGAGGUUACAUGACGCGACUCCUCUCAGAAGCGAAGUCAGCAUUCCAGCGAUGCUCUGAUGACAGUAUCAAGCGAAUUGAAAAGGACAUUCCCAACUUCAAAGAGCAGCUUGAAGAGAAGAUGACCGCGGAAUGGUUCAUACUCAAGGCGGCGGCUUUCACUCGGAUCGUCAAGUGCCGUGGCGUUGUUCCGAAAGGCGCAUCUAGAGCCAAAGGCCUCGAAAAUGGAUGCCACUGGAACAAGGAACUGGCAGAUCUGCUCGCACCUGGUUUCAACAAGUGGUACAAUACGCACACGGCGUGUAUGGCGACCAUGAAACCAGCACUGAGCCAGAGCUUGCACCAGCUCCAUGUGAAGAUUAGCAAAAUGAUCAAUGACUCUAGCGCAAACAUGGUCACUAUCGAGAAGGCUAAGAAGAAAUGGGAACCGCUGCGUACCCGACUUCAGGCUAAGCUUAUGGUGCUGAUGGACGAUGUCAGCAAGCUUGAGAAGUUGAUGUUCGAAUCGGCAACUAUGGAAUUCGGUCAAGAGAGGACCCUCAUCUCAUGCAUGACUGAUGACCUCUACACCGAGGUUUUCGAAGCGGUACCCGAAGAGAAGCCACCUCUACCAGCGAAAUCAGGAAAGAAGAAGCCGGCAAAGCGGUACGUUAUGCCCAAGAUCAAGUUCCAGAAGAAGCGCAUGGAAGACUUGUUCCUGAACCCAGAUGCACAUUUCAUUGACCAAGUCCUCAAACGCUUCCAACUAGAAUUCAACGACGCGAUACGCACUCUGCUCGAGAAACAUUUUGUCAGCAUCGACAAGUUACUGGAGAACCUAAGCGCAAGCCUUCGGGCAGAGGCACCUAUCGACUAUCGGAUCACCAAAGAGGGCGAGGCUAUCCGUGCCGAGUUAGCGCAGCACAUCCCAAUGUUUGAAGAAAAGGCUAUGGAACUAAGGAGCAAACUACCCCAGAUGGUGAAGCCCGAAGACGAAAUGGCGCUCACGCUGGUUAACAGUGACACGUUCGAUGGAGAUGACGAAGACAACCUAGCCAUCUUCUACGAUAGGAUGGCGAAGACCAAGCGAAAGGAUCCUGAGCCUACUGUCCGGCGACCCAAGCGGAUCAAGACAGAGCCUAUCUGAGGCCUAUCUCGAUAACACAGACUCUGGCGUAUACCUCCAGGACCAACUUUGGAUCACCCACUCGUCAACUAAGGUUCCUACGAAUUGGGCAAUGUGUAUACGCGGAAACGGGACGUUCGCGGAUACAUGUCAUCCUUUCUCUACUUCAGGUUCUCUGUUAGACAAAAGUCAGGGCCACGCUGCAUGAUUGCGUUCCACUUCGGAACCCUGCUGCGAUCGCUGUGCAGGCGUAGGCCAAAUAUUGGUUAUGGCGUACGAGUUCUGCUUUCCUUCUAGCGUUUACGAUGUCUUCUCGUAGCAGCAGCAGCAGCAGCAGCAGCAGCACUUAUUUUAGCGGUUCCUUUUGUUCCAUCUAGCGGUCGACGUUGAGGCUGCUCUUUGGGCUAAGUCUUUUCUGCGCAAAAAUUUGUCAAUGUCGAGCGAUGUUUCGUUCGUACUCAGCCAUGGAACCAUGAAUCACU